GAGCCGAGCCGCGGCGGCCGCUGCGGGCUGAGAGAAAAUGGCGGCGCCGGGCGAGUGCUUCAGCGUGGGCAGCCAGGUGUCGUGCCGCACCUGCCAGGAGCAGCGCCUGCAGGGCGAGGUCGUCGCCUUCGAUUACCCCAGCAAGAUGCUGGCGCUCAAAUGCCCUUCUUCCAGUGGGAAGCCCAACCACGCAGAUAUCCUGCUUGUAAACUUACAGUAUGUUUCAGAAGUGGAAAUAAUUAACGACCGCACGGAAACCCCUCCUCCUUUAGCUUCACUCAAUGUUAGCAAGCUCGCCAACAAAGCACGGAUGGAGAAGGAGGAGAAGCUGAGCCAGGCAUACGCCAUCAGCGCGGGGGUCUCUCUGGAGGGACAGCAGCUCUUCCAGACCAUCCACAAGACCAUUAAGGACUGUAAAUGGCAGGAGAAGAACAUAGUUGUGAUGGAAGAAGUCGUCAUCGCCCCCCCAUACCAGGUGGAGAACUGUAAAGGCAAAGAGGGCAGCGCGCUGGGGCACGUACGCAAAAUAGUCGAGAAACACUUUAGAGAUGUGGAAAGCCAAAAGGUAAUGCAGCGUUCACAAGCACAGCAAACACAGAAGGAGAGCGCCCUGUCGUCCUGAGGCCUGCAGGCACCGAUGUCCUCCCUGGGGAACGGGGCAGCUCGCCGAUUCCAAACCUUAGACUUUAAAAAACAAAACAAAACAACAACAAAAAAAAACCCAACGACGACAACAACAACAACAACAAAAAACCCAACCAACCACACACACACACACAAAAAAAAAAGAAAAAAAAAAAAAGAGAAAAAAAAAAAAGAAUAAUUUAAAAGCUCAUGCAUUACUUGACUAACAGACUUUCUUUUGUCCGCCAUGGUUUCUUUCCCACCGGCUGCUCGCGCUCGGUUACUUUUAUUUUUGGACGCCCCUCUCCCCCCCCCCCAACCUCCUUUAUUUUUCCAAAGGGGGUCCGUGGCCCCCAAUGGGAGCAGUUCCCCUUUCCUCCCCCCCCCAGACCCCCUCCAAAAAUAAAACGAAGCAGCAGCAGCCCCGAGCCGGACCUGCGGCCCGCACGGUCCUCUUUUCAUUUUGUUUGCACAGGGCAAGGCUUGAAUUAGUCCUAUUUUUCUUAUCUUUAAAGAUAUAUAUGAAUAUAUAUAAAAAUGGUCUUUAAAUAUUUUCUGCUUCCGGCCAUUCUCUCGGGAUCAUGGCAAAAAAAAAAGCCCACAACCAACCACCAAAAUCCCCACAUUUUCACCCAAAGGAGCCCAAAGUUCAUUUCCUAUGGGGGGAGGGGGGGGGGGGGGCAUCCCUUUUUCUCUUUAAUUUUCACCGUUUCCUCCAUUAUUUUUUUUUAGUGUGUGUCCUUUUUUUUGCCAUGAUUUCCCCCCCUCCCCUUUGGUUUUUUUUUUUUUGUUAUUUUUUUGUUUGUUUUUGUUUUUAAAGAGAAGAAAUGGCUCAAAAAAAAAAAAAAAAAACAAAAAGCGUUUAAUUCAAGCCCUGCCUUACGGAGUUAAA